UGGGGGCUUUUCUAGAGAGAGGGUAGUCAGAGAUUAGAGAGAGAGAGAGAGAGAGAGAGAGAGUGACCUUGAAGGGAAGACCAAAUAGGAUUUAGGGCUAGGGUUUUUGAGCACAGUUUGCUUUGUAUUUUUCUGCAAUGGAAGAGAUUACGGAUGGCGUCAACAACAUGAAUGUCGCAGAUUCUCAAAAGAGGAACCGUAUUCAGGUCUCCAAUACAAAGAAGCCUCUUUUCUUCUACGUCAAUUUGGCAAAGAGAUACAUGCAACAAUACAAUGAGGUCGAGCUCUCAGCCUUAGGAAUGGCUAUUGCUACCGUCGUAACAAUUGCAGAAAUCCUAAAGAACAAUGGGCUGGCUCUUGAGAAGAAGAUUAUGACAUCGACUGUUGAUAUAAAGGAUGAUUCUAGAGGGAGACCUGUCCAAAAAGCCAAGAUUGAGAUAUUGCUUGGGAAAACAGCAAAUUUCGAUGAAUUGAUGGCUGCCGCCCAAGAGGAGAAGGAAGCUAGAGAGGCCGCCGAGGAGCAGAGCUGAUCAAAGAUGUGACCUCAUAGGACCACACCCUUUCACAUUAUGCGUUCUAGAUCGAUUAAUUCUCUUUUUUUUUUUUGCCAUUUGUAUCAUCCAGCUUAGAUUACGUUGUUACUACCUUACACCCUAGUGUACUUUUCACCAUAUUGGAACUACUUGUUUUUUUAUUUUUACACUUUAAAACAGUUUUUUUUUUUGCAUUUUUUAUGGAAUUCUACAUAGAAAUUCUUAUUGCAA